AUGGCUUCCGACGGCGACCCUGGCGGCUCGUCCAACUCCUACCCCGGCGCAACGCUCCAAGACAUUCCCAAGUCGUGGACUUUUACCUCGUCCCUCCCCCAUGAUGCGUUCUACCCCACCCCGCAGCCUCCCACGCCACCCCGCAGUCCGGAGCUCCUCGGCGUGAGUCCCGCCGCUAUGCGCGACCUCGGCAUCGUCGCUGGCGAGGAAAAGACGGGCGAAUUUCUCCAGGUCGUGUCUGGCAACAAGCUCCUCGGCUGGGAUGAGGAGGCCAAGGAGGGCGGGUACUCGUGGGCCCAGUGUUAUGGUGGAUUCCAGUUCGGCGCAUGGGCCGGUCAGCUCGGUGACGGGCGCGCCAUCUCGCUCUUCGAGACCACGAACCCGGCGACCGGGACCCGGUACGAGCUGCAGCUCAAGGGUGCCGGCUUGACGCCCUACUCGAGGUUCGCGGACGGCAGGGCCGUCCUCCGGUCCAGCAUCCGAGAGUUUGUCGUCUCGGAGGCCCUGCACGCGCUCGGCAUCCCUACGACGAGGGCGCUUUCGCUGACGCUGUGCAAAGGGUCGCGGGUGGUGAGGGAGAGGAUAGAGCCCGGCGCCAUUGUGCUGCGCUUCGCGCAGUCGUGGUUGAGGCAGCUGGCUACGUAUCUUGCCGAAGAGGUCCUUGGUGGGUGGGAGUCGUUGCCGGGAAUGCUUUCGACCCCGGAGAAGCCCUCGGAGAACGAGUCGGCUAGCCGCGGUCUCGACGCCUCCGAGAUUGAGGGUGAGCCUGGCGCGGAAGAGAACCGCUUCGCGAGAUUGUACCGCGAAGUCGCCCGUCUUAAUGCCGAGACCGUUGCCAAGUGGCAAGCCUACGGUUUCAUGAAUGGCGUCCUCAACACGGACAACACAUCCGUCAUGGGCCUAUCGGUUGAUUUUGGCCCAUUCGCCUUUAUGGACAACUUUGACCCUUCCUACACCCCCAACCACGACGACAGCCUCCUACGGUACAGUUACAAGAACCAACCCACCAUUAUCUGGUGGAACUUGGUGCGCUUUGGUGAGGCGCUGGGCGAGCUUAUAGGUGCCGGUGCCGGCGUCGAUGACCCCGUAUAUGUGAAGGAGGGUGUCAAGUCUGAGCAAGAGGCGGAGCUCAUCUCCCGCGCCGAAAAGAUCAUUACGCAAACGGGAGAGGAGUACAAGGCUACAUUUUUACGCGAAUACAAGCGCCUGAUGAGCGCGCGGCUGGGCCUAAAGAAUUAUCGCGACGCCGACUUUGACCAGCUCUUUAGCCCGCUGCUCGACCUCAUGCACGAGUUCGAGCUCGACUUCAACCAGUUCUUCCGGAGGCUCAGCGCACUCCCUCUAAGCGAACUCGAGACUCCCGAGGCGCGCCGGGACAAGGCGUCCAUUAGCGAGUGGCUCGACCGUUGGCGCAAGCGCAUCAUCGAGGAUUGGGGUGCCGGCAACGCCGAGGCUGCCCUGCCGGAAGACCGGGACGCACAGCGCACCAAAGCCAUGAAGGCCGUCAACCCCAACUUCACCCCACGCGGCUGGGUCCUCGACGAGGUGAUUCGUCGGGUGGAGAAGGAGGGCGAGAGGGAGGUGCUGCGCCGGGUGAUGCACAUGGCGCUGAAUCCCUUUGAGGAUAGCUGGGCCGGUAAGGAGUUUGAGGGCGUCUUGUACGAGGGAGACGCGGAGGAGGAGGCUAGGUGGACGGGGGAUGUGCCGGAGUUUGUGAGGGCUUUGCAGUCGCGCGCUCACUUCCUCGCGAACCAGGGCGGCCGUCCUCUUCGGGCGCCGCCGCCAAGUUCCGAUCCGGUGCUGGCCUCGGUCAACAGCUCCGCUUCGCUCACAAGGAGCUCAAGUUCGGUGUUGAGGCUCGUGCCUCUCUCCUUGCCGGUGUCGACACUCGCCAACGCCGUCUCCAGCACCCUCGGUCCCAAGGGCAGGAAUGUCUUGAUCGAGUCCAGCUUCGGCUCCCCCAAGAUCACCAAGGAUGGUGUAACCGUUGCCAAGGCCAUUACCCUUGAGGACAAGUUCGAGAACCUCGGUGCCAAGUUAAUAGCUGAGGUCGCUGGCAAGACCAACGAGGUUGCCGGUGAUGGUACCACCACCGCCACCGUCCUCGCCCGCGCCAUCUUCUCCGAGACCGUCAAGAACGUUGCCGCCGGCUGCAACCCCAUGGAUCUCCGCCGCGGUAUCCAGGCCGCCGUCGAUGACGUUGUCGAGUUCCUCCAGAAGCACAAGCGUGACAUUACCACCAGCGAGGAGGUCGCUCAGGUCGCCACCAUCUCCGCCAACGGUGACGAGCACAUUGGCAAGCUCAUUGCCAACGCCAUGGAGAAGGUUGGCAAGGAGGGUGUCAUCACCGUCAAGGAGGGCAAGACUCUCCAGGACGAGAUGGAGUCCCAGAAGGUUGAGUUCGAGAAGCCCUUGAUUCUCCUCUCCGAGAAGAAGAUCUCUGCCGUCCAGGACAUCAUCCCUGCCCUUGAGGCCUCCACUCAGCUCCGCCGCCCCCUCGUCAUCAUUGCCGAGGACAUUGACGGCGAGGCUCUUGCCGUCUGCAUUCUCAACAAGCUCCGUGGCCAGCUCCAGGUCGCCGCCGUCAAGGCCCCUGGCUUCGAAGGCCACCCCGACAUGCUCGGCUCCACCGGCUCCAUCACCAUCACCAAGGAGGACACCAUCAUCCUCAACGGCGAGGGUAGCAAGGAUGCCCUUACCCAGCGCUGCGAGCAGAUCCGUGGUGUCAUGGCUGACCCUAGCACCUCUGAGUACGAGAAGGAGAAGCUCCAGGAGCGUCUCGCUAAGCUUUCCGGUGGUGUCGCCGUCAUCAGGGUCGGUGGCUCCUCUGAGGUUGAGGUCGGCGAGAAGAAGGACCGCUUCGUCGAUGCCCUUAAUGCCACCCGUGCUGCCGUUGAGGAGGGUAUCCUCCCCGGUGGUGGUACCGCCCUCCUCAAGGCCGCUGCCCAGCUCAGCAUCAAGCCCGAUAACUUUGACCAGCAGCUCGGUGUCAGCAUUGUCAGGAACGCCAUCACCCAGCCCGCCAAGUCCAUUGUCAAGAACGCCGGCCUUGAGGGUGCCGUCGUUGUCGGCAAGCUCAUGGAUGAGUAUGCUGGCGAUUUCAACAAGGGCUUCGACAGCGCUAAGGGCGAGUACGUCGACAUGAUCGCUGCCGGUAUUCUCGACCCCCUCAAGGUCGUCAGGACCGGUCUCCGUGAUGCCAGUGGUGUUGCUUCUCUUCUCGGCACCACCGAGGUCGCCAUCGUCGACGCCCCCGAGAAGGGCCCUAGCGGCCCCAUGGGUGGUAUGGGCGGCAUGGGAGGCAUGGGCGGAAUGGGUGGCAUGAUGUAA